AUGUACCAACACUCUAUGCCUGCGGCUAACCCCGGCCCCCCGAAGCUCCGCGUCUAUACAAAGGAGGAGUGGGAGGAAAAGCGUUCGGUCUUUGUGGAAUUAUACUCGCAAGAUUAUACCCUAGCGACAGUAAGGGAAUUGAUGGCAACAGACCACAGCUUUUAUGCGACUGAAGCGCAAUACAAAAAAAAGAUCAAGGCUUGGGGUUUAGAAAGAAAUAUCGACAAAGCUACUGCUUUAGGAAUUCUUCGGAAAGAAAGCAAACGAAAAUACGUGGAGGAUAAGGAAACAAUAUUCAAAUACAAAGAUAAUGAGAUCAACGGAGAUCGAAUUACGCUCUUGCGUAAAAGACACAAAGGAAUACUAGAUCAUGAGGGUCUAGGUUCAGAUCCGCGUAAAUGGGAAAUGGAACAAGUUGAUACACCCCCUUACGUUGCCUACCUUACACCUCCUCCAGUUGAUGAGUCUCCAGAAGUCGCUUAUGACAUGCCUAGUCAUUCAUCCCAUGAUCCGCAAAUUCUGAAAGAUGAAGGGAUUUAUGGUGGAGCACUUUACACGGACGAUAUUCCAUUCAUUACCGAUGAGAUCCACAAAACAGGGUUGGGAUAUGAAAUCCUUGAUCAACAGGCAGCAAAUAUAAGUGGAGCUUUGGAUUGCGGAAAGACAUUUGACCAUAAGGCGCAACACGACUAUUUGGUUAAAGAAACCUCUUCUGACCGGCGGGAACAAAGUCAGGGACCCUUAAACACAUCGUCUUCUACACCGCUGAUCUCGGGUGUAGAAGAGCAAUCAGUCGAAAUUCAUAGCAGCUCUGGUGUCGAGGGAGGAAAUGAUAAUAUCGAGUUUGAUGUCGACUUGGAAGAUGACGAACCAUCGCUCUCUCGGCCCUCGCUCUUAGGAAACGGAUCGGGAAAUGAUAACGAACACAUUAGCCUGCACGAAGCAGCAUACCAGGGCCGCGAAGAGAUAGUUAUUUUGCUUCUCAAGCAAGGUCACGACAUUUCGGAAGAGGAUGAUGAAAAAUGUACGGCGUUGCAUUGGGCAGCGUCUGAUGGCCAUGAAAAGGUAGUCCAGUUACUGCUCCAGAGCGGUAUCGAUGCCUCAGAAAAAGACUCUGAUGGAAGGACGGCGCUACAUAUGGCAGCGUCUGAUGGCCAUGAAAAGGUAGUCCAGUUACUGCUCCAGAGCGGUAUCGAUGCCUCAGCAAAGGGCCAUCUGGGGUGGACGGCGCUACAUGAGGCGGCGUCUUGUGGCCAUGAAAAGGUUGUCUAG